AGCUUAUCAAACGAUUCAAACGCCACGGCUCUGUUCGCGGCGGUGGUGGUCACGGAUCUGUUGCCGACAACACGCCCGCCCGCAAGAUGUCUGUGGCGGACAUACUGUCACCCGCUGUCCAGUUGGGCGUUAAUAAAAAGCAAAGGAUGGCGUCUAUGCCUCAGUUAGGCGUCAACGGAGACGAGAGCGUCGAAGAAGACACCAACGUAUCGGAUCCCGAAGAGGACAGCAGACAAUUCAUAUCCAUUUUAAUCAAAUGUUUGGCGCUUUUGAACAAAAUUCCCGAAGCGGUCGACACAAUCAAAGAACGUUGCGAUAAAGAGUUGACAAAUCUGGCCAAACGGACGGGCCGUGAGGUGAGCGGCGACUCGACGGACACCGGCGUCACCACCGACUGGACGGGCGAUAAGACCUUUUCGUUUGUGUUGAGUUCAUCGGCACUGUUAGGCAAUUACAACAGCAAACAGAAGGCGCCGCCGCACUCACUGCAAAACUUCUUGGACCUACUGUUCCAACAGUACCGCACUGUUGUCCAUCUGCACGAGUCCAUCGUAUUGGCCGCACUUCAGCGGCUGGAGUACGACCAGAGUGUGGACAUCGAUGGCGUCACGCUAUACACAAUACCCGACAUCUGGUCUAAAGUGCAGACAAUCGUACAGUACGUGAUGGACCUGUAUCUGGACACCAGCGGCGCGCACAGUAGCGCCAAAGCUAAUCCGGCCAUUAAUCCGUCGGUAGUGUCGGCCAAUCCCACGGUCGCAGACUUAUCCUCGUAUUUCGUGCGCAAAAGCCGUAUCACUGCUCUGACCACUGAUCGCUUACUGAAGACAAAUAAGGCGCCGCUCUUCCGCUUCGACCACUCAUCGCACGCCAUAUCACUGAACGCCUAUUUGGCCGAACAGAAAGAGGCGGCACUCAAAGAGAUGGUCGCCAACGGCGAGUCCGGCGGCGACACCGGUGACGGUCACGGCAUGGACUCAAUCGACUUCACGCUAAACUCGACCGAGAAGUACAUCGUCUGCGUCCCACAGCCCGAGAACAUUGUCUUAAUGUUCAACCCAUUGAUUAAAUUCAUACGCGAAGUGGAGGACGAGCUGGAACUCGAUGACGGCAGCCAUUGUCCGCUCUAUUUGUAUCUGAUUUCGUGCGCCAAGAGUUUUUGCAAUCAAAUCAACCACGACUUGGAGCGUACCAUCGAUUUGGCCAACAAAUCGCUGGACAUAUGGAAAAUACAAACGGAUCCCGAAUGGCUGGCGGGCGUCGGUCUGUCGCGA